ACGCUCACUCACACCAACCAUCAAUUUUUAUUAAAUGGCACCCUCUUUAUUUACAUUUACCGCGUUUUCUUUUGUUUUCCUCUUUCUCUCUCUUCCCCGCACACAGAACACAGAGACACUUUUCUUUCUCGAUCCGAACCUAACAAAACAACAAGACAACCACGAGAGUUGAGUUCCGCUCCGUUGUUUUCAAUUUUCCAGUGCCAUCUUCUGUUUCAUUGCGACUGCGAUCAACAUUUCUAUUUUCCUCGUUAAUCUCACCCUCACGGGUUGCCGCAUCUUCCUCGUCGUCCAAUCGUCAGGGUUGUUGGGUUGAGGGUUUUUCUCUGGUUCUUCCGCUCCGGUGUCAUGCCAACCUAUGUGUGGUGGUGAUAGUAGCAGCUUCGGGUGUGUGGCUGCCGCUGGAUGUGUGUCGGGUGCUUGAUAAAUGCGUGUUACCGGGGAUCUAGGGUUUUCGAGCCUGGUCCUUGUGGUGGUUUGUGUUGUGCUGCCGGUGAUUGGCUUCCUGAUUCGCCGUAAAUGGCAGGUCUCGGAGGCCAGGAAGGAUGAGAUCAAGAGGCUUUUGGUUUUGGCCGCGGAGGAAACUGCCAGGGCCGAGAAAGAGGCGUCCUAUGAGUACGGCACAGCGGUUUCCGCCGCUCCGAGCAAUCUAUGUGCCGUGUGCUAUUUUCCCGCCACCGCGCGCUGCGCGCAGUGCAAAUCCGUUCGCUACUGUUCUUUUGAGUGCCAAACUGUUCAUUGGCGCCAAGGUCACAAGUUAGAAUGCCGUCCUCCCAGCACAACUUGCUGGAGUGAUGAUGUAACAAGUGAUCAUGGCCGCAAGCUAGUAGAGCAAGGCUACUCUGGAAUCCAUGUUGAGAAGUCUGAAAGUGAAGGCAAAGAAUGUAAAAUAGCCUCUGAAAAGUCCCCAAUUUCUGAUAUCUGCUUUUCUCCAAAAGUUUCACCUGGAAAGGAUGGAAAUAUUAGAGUCGAGUCCCUUGCAGAGGGAAAUAUAACAGAUUCUAAUUCUGAAUUGUCCAGUAACUCAUUUUCUGGAUUCUCAGCUUCCACGGGUUCUAAUGAUUCAUCUGAUGAUUCCUCUGUCUGUGAGAGCAUCAUCUCAAAUGAGCAUGAUGGAUCCAAGGGACAUACUUUUGUUGAUCCUACCCUUGACAUUCCUGAUAACACUAGUGAUGAUUGCAUGGGUGUAACCAUGUCUACUUCACCAAAGUUUGCUACUUUGGUUGAUUCAGUAGAUGGUUUUUCUACAAUGCAUAAAUUAAAUCAUACUGGACCUGGUUUUAGUAAAGAAGAGAGUAAGCUUGCAUCAAAUGGUAAUCCAGGUUCAAGUAUGUGGAAGGGGAAAACAAUUGAGCCUUCUACAGUGGUUUCAGGAUUCUGGGAUAAAGCUCUUGAUUCAAGAGGGAUUAAAGAUGAUACUAAGAAUGACACUCAUCCAUCCUGUUCUGAUGAAUCCACAGGCAAAAGGACUGUUUCUGAAUCUUCAUUUCACUUUUCAUUCAGUACCAUGUCUCCUUUGCAUGUAAGAGAUACCAGGACAAAUGAUUCUGUAUCUGAUGAUGCUUUUCCAAACUGUAUUGGGAAUGAUAUGGCAAGUUCAGGAUCAGCAUCAUCUGAGAAUGACAAGAUCAAUUCUUCGAAGGGGAGGAAUUUCUCGUUCAUCAACAGCAAAGUUUCCAGUGUUAGGAGUUAUGUUACUCCAAGUGGUUCUGAAUCUGAUCAAUUGGAAUCUAAAGACAGCUCUGGGCCACCUUUAUCAUCUUUCUCCCCUCAAUCCUCCAGUGUUGACAAAAAUUCAGUUUGUGCAGAUGCUUUGAACUUCCAUAUCUUGCAAUCAACUGGCUCUAAGGUAUCCAAUCAUGUUGUGGACAACCGUGGCAGCACCUUGAAGUCCACUGAAAUUGGAUUCCUGACACGUGAACUUGCUGAUUCUAAUUUAGCUUCUGGAACUGAAGAACAUUCUCAUUCCAGUACAAAACAAGGGAAUAAUGACAUUGAAUCUGGCACUCAAACUGUCACUUCUUCUCAGGUUGCUAGCUGUUCUGCAAAUUCUAAGAGUGGCUUGAAAACAUCUGUUUUGAAAGUUGUUGAUCAGUUUAGAGGAUCAAAUCUGUCAAAGCACUUUCCAUUAGCUGUUGGGAGUGAUAUUGCUGGAAGACAUAAUGACAAGAGUUUUUUCCCUUAUGAAUUGUUUGUCAAGCUUUAUAACUCGAACAAGGUGGAGUUAUGCCCAUUUGGUCUUAUAAAUUGUGGAAACAGUUGUUAUGCUAAUGCUGUACUUCAGUGCUUAGCAUUUACUCCACCUCUGACUGCUUAUUUGCUUCAAGGAUCACAUUCGAAAUCAUGUGCAAAUAAAAAAUGGUGUUUCACCUGUGAAUUUGAAAGAUUGAUAUUGAAGUCAAAGGACACAAAAUCUGCGGUGUCUCCUAUGGGCAUAAUCUCCCAUCUACAGAAUAUUGGGAGUCAGCUUGCUAAUGGAAGAGAAGAAGAUGCACAUGAAUUUCUUAGGCAUGUUAUUGACACAAUGCAAUCUGUUUGCCUUAUGGAAGCUGGGGUUAAUGCAUUGGGCUCAUUAGAAGAGGACACUACUUUAAUGGGUCAAACAUUUGGAGGUUACCUUCUAUCAAAGAUAAAAUGCAUGAGAUGUGGAGGGAAGUCUGAGCGUCAGGAAAGGAUGAUGGAUCUGACUGUUGAGAUAGAAGGCGAGAUAACAACCCUGGUGGAGGCCCUUCGACGAUUUACAAGCACUGAGACUUUAGAUGGGGAAAACAAGUACCACUGUGUCAGAUGUAAAUCAUAUGAGAAGGCCAAGAAGAAGCUGACAGUUUCAGAGGCACCGAAUGUUCUUACAGUUGCAUUAAAGAGAUUUCAGUCUGGGAAAUUUGGGAAGCUCAACAAGCCUAUUCAAUUUCCUGAAAUACUUAACUUGGCACCUUUCAUGAGCGGGACUAGUGAUAAAUCACCCAUAUACAGAUUGUAUGGGGUAGUUGUUCACUUAGAUAUCAUGAAUGCUGCCUUUUCGGGUCACUAUGUGUGCUAUGUGAAGAAUAUCCAAAACAAGUGGUUCAAGGUUGAUGACAGUGUGGUGACAGCUGUUGAAUUGGAUAGAGUCUUGACAAAAGGAGCAUAUAUGCUUUUCUAUGCAAGGUGCUCGCCAAGGGCCCCAAGAUUAAUUAGGAACAGAAUACUGUCCCCAGAUUCAAAACGUAAAGUCAGUGGAAAGACUCUUACAACGAAAGCAAGAUCUAUAUCUACAAAUUCUGGUGUUGCUGAACAUGUCAACAGUUCCAUUUCUCCAGAUGACUCACCUGCCUUGGACUCUUUCUAUUCAAAAUUUCACCACCUGAAAAGGAUUUUGGAAGAAGACUCGUCAAGUGAUAAUUCAUCCCUUAUCAGCAGCAACUCCGAUGAAGGUUCUUGUAGUACAGAUAGCACCCGUGAUUCAACCAGCACAGAUGACUUCUCUGAAUAUCUUUUUGGUGAUUCAGGGAAUGGCUGGAGUAGUGUGUGGAGGAAUUCUGAUUCUGACACAUCUUCAUCAUCCUCAUCUUCUCCCUUGAAUUUGCGACAUUCGCCCCUAUCUGAUAUGGACAGGUAUGAUUCAGUUUCUCCUGAUGCAGAAGGCUCGCGAGGGAUAGAUGUUUCUCGUUUGUCUUCUAACACAACUUUACAGCAUAGAAAGUUAGAUAGUAGGAUUAGUAGCAACAGUAGUAGUAGUAGGGAGACUGACUCUUGUCUGAAACUAGGAUCUAACCAUUUUAAUGAUAUAGACUAUGGUGUAUUAUGUAGAAAGCCAAGGAAAAGAACGGAUUUAUAUUUUAUCAACAGGGAGUUCCGGAGCUAAUAACGAGGGAUGCUCUACCAAUGUACUCGUUGGAGGCGGCAUUCUUUUUACAAAGGAAAAUUAGACACAUCAGUUUGCUAACAACUAACUAGAUGUAGAUAUAGAUUGCUGUAACUUUUAUAAAGGUUCGGUGGAAUUUAUUCUAUUAUUUUAAAUACGAUUACUUGAAAUAAAGGAUAAUAUAUUAUUUUUCUUA